AAAUAGUUAGCAUUGACAUCUAAAUGUGAGCUGGUGCUUCACCAUCCAUCAAAUGAAAACUUUUGAUUCCAUCUAUUUUGGGCCCUCUCAAUGAAACAUGGCACUGAGGGAAUCCUUUGACAGGUUUAUGAAAUAAGAACACUAUCUAACCUACCUCCACAAAAGAGCUUUCUGUAAAAGUACCAUUUUAAAAGGGGUUGUAAUGGCAGGUACAGCAAUAAGACUGCGACAAUUUGUAGAUACAUCACCACAGAUGCCUCCAGGGUAUAUUCUACAUCAGGGAAAGGAUGUUGUUGGUUACUAUCCAGGGCAAACGGCAAGGGUUCAUUAUGAAUAUCCUCCUGAAAGUGAGAGAAGCCUUUAUAGAAAAAUGCAGACAGUCCCAGUAAAACGUGAAACUGUACUUCAGCAUGACUAUGACUAUAUAGUUCUGAAGCAAUAUAUUCACUACCAGAGGACCAAGAAGAAAGUCAGUGACUGGUGUACAACAACAACAACAUACAGAGAAGCAUUUACAUUACCAUUUUACAAAUCAGACAUUGCUGAGGAUUAUCAUCCAAAAACUGAUGCUGAAUCGCAGUCUGUUUGGAAAAGUUUUUCUGCAAAGAAGAAAGACAAAACUAAACCUUCAUUUAUGGGAGUUGGAUAAAUCCUUUCAGCCAAGCUGUGUGGGGUUUUUUUGAAACACACACACACAUCGAAAAACAAGAUGGAAUAACCUUUCAAGACUGCCGCCCACUAAAGUACUAAAGACGACUUCUUAUACUA